AGAGCAUCCCUGAUUCCCAGCAACAAACAAGCAGGGACUCAAAGAAAGAGAGAGAGAGAGAGAGAGGAAUGACGAAGAACCCGGUCACAUUUCUCAGGCACCUGACAACGUGCCGCUUAUUUUAGGACGCGUGUUGCUUAUUGAUGAGAGGGGGAGUGUUUAAUCUACUUCCACUCUGGUGGUGCGUGAAUGGGUGACUGUACACGGCAAGCAUCUGAUUGCGCUGGGAUCUCUGUAAUUCAGAGAACACCCCUCACACAGAUCAUAUCCUGCCACAGACACAGACGGACCAGAGAGCAGAGCAGCAGCAGCAGCAUCCUGAUCAGCCCGGAUCAAUGAGACUGAUGUCCUUAUAGUUUCACCAGACGCAUUCCAUCUCGGAACAGGCUGUCUCAUCGCUGAGGGUGUUUCUGCCCAUGCUCCGCGCACAGUCCUCCUGUGGGUCAGAGCUGCGAGAUAGUACACUGUGUACAUAUGCUUUUUGCAGCCCCAGAGCCUCUCACUUCUCAUAACGAAACUCCCGAGUGACAAGCGGCAGAAAGCGGUCCGGCGGUGAAACGAAGUCCACGAUUAUUCCACCUGAGAACGAGAAUCGACGAGAGAACAUGGAAAACAGUCCUGGUGGUGGUGUCAUCCUGUACGCCGGCUCAUCCGGCAGCGCCAGUCCCAGUCCCGGAAGCCCGUCCAGCGGGUACCAGACCCAGUCGCCGUCCUCCCACUCGCAGCCCUCAUCCCCGGAGGACCUCUCCUUCCAGGAGAUCGGGGUGCCGAAGCAGAGGGGAGACCACGGGGGAGGAACCGUUUCCCCCAAAAUGGUCUUCCAGUUCCCGGAAGUGAGCAACGCUCCUGUUGCUCACAUUACGACGGCCUCAGCAGCGUCCUACAGCCAUCCCACAGCUGCCAAACGGUCCUGCAGUUUCACCGGGACAUUCACCAAGACUGGAGGUAUGGUGCUUUUAUGUAAGGUGUGUGGAGACAUCGCGUCCGGCUUCCACUACGGGGUCCACGCCUGCGAGGGCUGCAAGGGUUUCUUCAGACGCAGCAUCCAGCAGAACAUCCACUACAAGAUGUGCGUGAAGAACGAGAACUGCCUCAUCAUGCGCAUGAACCGCAACCGGUGCCAGCACUGUCGCUUCAAGAAGUGUCUCUCCGUGGGCAUGUCCAGAGAUGCCGUGCGUUUUGGCCGUAUUCCCAAGCGGGAGAAGCAGAGACUAAUGGACGAGAUGCAGAGCUACAUGAACAGUAUCAACGGACCAGCCUCCAUGGAGAUGGACGUGGCGCCUCCGUCCGACGGCCCCUGCAGUCCGCACAACCAGACCAACGCCGGACCCGGCUCUCUAUCGCAGUCUUACCCCAGCGAGGAGAAGCCGCUAAAGAUGGCCGCAGGCGGCAGCCGAGGGACUCCUUCUUUCCAGGGCGGCACAGUGCAGGACCACCUGGCGGCCCAGAACCUUAACCCAGCUCAGCACAGGGUGCCGGCGGAGCAGCUAAACGUUGCAACGAGCUACCAUCUCGCCGCAAACUUCCCCGCUGCAGCCUGCAGCAACGCGAGCUCCACAAGCACGAAUGUCAGCAACGCCAACUACUCCUUUUCCUCCAAUCAGAACCAGUGUCCGGUUAGCGGCAGGAUAUCACCUCAGACCUUCACAGCCAGUCAUGGUGUCACGCCUGACAGAGAUAACCAGAACCCAACAUCCUGUCCGUGGAAGCUGAAUGUAGGCGCCAAAGUGCUUGCGUGCCCUCUCAACCCGUGUCCCGUGGCGCCGUCCAGUCGCUCCAGUCAGGAGGUGUGGGAGUCGUUCUCCCAGUGCUUCACCCCUGCUGUGAAAGAAGUGGUGGAGUUUGCAAAGAGCAUCCCCGGCUUCCAAACCCUGAGCCAGCACGAUCAGGUCAUGCUGCUCAAAUCUGGCACUUUCCAGGUACUCAUGGUGAGGUUCUGCUCAUUAUUCGACCCCAAAGAGAGAACGGUGACCUUCCUCAACGGCCAAACGUACUCGCUGGCAUCACUGAGGGCUCUGGGUAUGGGCUCCCUGCUGGAUGCCAUGUUUGACUUCAGUGAGAAGCUGGCGUCUCUGGGUCUGGAACAAGAUGAGAUGGCUCUGUUUAUGGCCGUUGUCCUGGUGUCUGCCGACCGCUCCGGCAUUGUGGAAGUGGGAGCAGUGGAGCAGCUGCAGGAGAACCUCAUAAAAGCUCUGCGUUCCCUCAUCACCAGUCGCCGGCCCGACGACAGCACGCUCUUCCCGAAGCUGCUGCUGCGCCUGCCGGACCUGCGCACACUGAACAAUCAGCACUCGGAGAAGCUUUUAGCUUUCCGCAUAGACCCUUAAGUUAACAUUUGCUCGCAGAGUCGCGAGGUUUCCGCGUUUUGGGGGUCCCUCUCUGCUCCCCGUGCGAGCCUCGGUCUGCUAGAUCUGCGCACCGUGGCCGCUGCAUGUCGGACAGCUGUUUCGGAAGCCGUGCCAAGUUUAACUCCAUGAGGGCGAGGACUGAAAAAAAAACAAAAAAAAAACAGAGGAGAACAUCAGCACAACAGGGGGUGGCGGCUCCUCAACUUCCGAGCUUCCAGCUGGACAGCCAAGAAGAAACAGACUGUAUUCUUCCAUUAGUUUCUUCAAGUCCAUGUUCAUACCGUCACCUUUCCCUCGCCCAGCCUCUGGAGUUUAUCAGAGACGAACUUUAUGUACUGAAGACCAAAAGAAAAAAGAAAAAAAAAAGGACAGAGCUUGUUUUUUUUUUUUUUUCUUCUCAUCAGUAAAUGUUCUGCUAUUCCAGCUCAUAAAGCUAACAAGAAGCACAGUCACUUGCUGAGAUAAAAAGAAACAUUUGCCAAUCCAGACUUCUUAUUACGCUCUUCCCAUGUAUAAAAGAAAACAGCAAAUCUGAAUAUAAAGCUCGUCAUCGCAAAGACCGAUUCUAACAUCCAGUUAGGAGGGCUGUUUGUGCUUGCCCUGUCGAAACGAAAUAAGCUAUUUCCACUACAUGUUAGCAUGUGGGAAAUCUUUACUGAAAUCAUCCAUUUGUGAUUGAGAUACGUUUGAUAUUUUUAAGGAAUGAGUUGUAUUUAUACACGCUAUAAAUAUUGGUCAUUUUAGACCACUUUUAAAUGUGUACAUAUAAAUAUGUGAAGGUGUUCUGUUGUAUAUUUUGUACAGAACUUGUUGUAUUUGCUUCCUUGCUAGAUGCCGAUAGAUGUAUAUGUCAAAUUGAAUUAUUGAAAGCUGCCGGGCUGCUGUAUAGAGGAUUUCCACCAUGUGCUUCGAGGAUAUAUGGUUUUUAUUUGGAGAUAUAUGCACCUGAAAUAAAUAUAUCUUCAACUGAAAUCAUCAGCUUUGUGUAUAUUUUGUAAAUGUCUAUAGUCGGAACAUGGAGAACCACUAUUAAAAAAGAUUAUUCUAUAGCA